AUGGCGAUAUUUGGCAUAAUAUCGUUGAGUUUUGUGGUUUUGUCAAUUUUGGGGUUUUGUUUGGAGACACUUCCUUAUCUUCGUCCAGUCAACGUCACAUUGGCGGGAAAUAUGACAGGAAAAUGUGAAGGAAAGAAUAUCACGGUCAACUAUGUUUUGCAACCAAACGAAAUACUUAACAUUCUUGAUAUUAUAUGUACGACAUUUUUCACAGCUGAAUUAAUCGUUCGAUUUAUAUUUUCACCGGACAAGUUUCGAUUUAUACGUAAUGCAAUGAAUAUUAUAGAUCUUCUUGCAUUGGUACCUCUAUACAUGCAGCUCAUUUUAAAUACAGAUGCUUUUAAAUUCUGCUACAUGAAUGAACGGGUUAUAUUCGAAAUUAUGUUUAUUCUGCGGAUCAUUCGAAUGUUUCGAAUUUUCCAUCUUGUCAAACAUUACCAAGCUUUACAAAUUUUAGUAUAUGCUUUGAAGGCAAGCAUACAGGAAUUACUGAUGCUGUUGAUAUUCCUUCUCAUCGGAAUGCUUGUGUUUGCCACAAUGAUUUACUAUGCAGAACGAGAAGACGCCUUCAAUCAAGGGACGCAAUUCUCGACUAUACCACUUGGAUUUUGGUGGGCGAUAAUAACCAUGACAACGGUUGGAUAUGGAGAUAUUGCACCCUCUACACCUCUGGGAUACAUUGUAGGUACCAUGUGUGCCAUUUGUGGUGUGCUUAUGGUGGCGCUCACUAUUCCUGUGAUAUCGAACAACUUUACGUUAUUCUAUACUCACGUGAGAUCACGAGGUGGACGUAGAAACUCAAGUGAAGGACUUGACAAAGAUUUAUUUCUAAUCAAUCAUGAUGAUGCUAAAAGUAUUGAAAGUAUGAGGCGUAUGUCACACGGUUCUCUUAUUCCAAGUGAGGACAUGUACGUUAAGCGAAGAUUACGACAUGAAUCAGAAAGAUCAACAUUGGCUGUGAAUACCGGAAAAUUCGGUCAAAAUGGGGAUGUCAGGUACGGUUUUAUGGCUUGUGACGUUACGAUCAGGCAUAAAUCUGCGUCCUCCUUGAAUGAACUGGUCAAUAUAAAUAGAGAUGUGGCUUAUUUUGAGGAUAAUGAGACAAGUACAGUGAAAGCCUUUUCUGAUGAUGGGAUUUCUCACUCAGAUUGUCACAAGAAGAAAACAAGUUUUCAACUUGCCCAGCUAUGUUUAUGCAUAGAAAAGUGUGUAGACCUUCAAGAAAAAAGGAUGAAAAUAGUACGAAUUUCACGACACCCACAUUUUGUAUGAUGUUAUCAUAAUUUAUAUGGACGUCCAAUCAUUUGAAGGAUACAAUGUCCAUCGUUGGUGUAUGCAAAGUUUUACAGUGAACGUUUCUAUAAACUUGUUAUUUUUGGACAAGUUGCUCAAUGAAGAGAAUGAUGAAUAACCAGGAGAAAAGAAAAUUUAGAAUUUUGUUUCUUACAGAGCACUAAUUGAUAUUUAAAUAGCACUGGUUUGUACACCACUGCUCUCGUUCAAAGGACGUUUAUAUUAAACACUGACACACUUUACUUUAUCACUAAGCCGUAAUUUUGAUUUUUUUCUUUAUUAAAAAUUGUUCAAAUGCUUAGAAUAUUUUAGAGUCCUGUGAUGUUAUUCGAUCUCACGUCACACUAAAUUACACAAUGAUAUACAUAAUAAUUUAAUCGGCAUCCCCAUAGUUUCAAGUAUUUUCACCUCUUUUUUGACACAAUGUAUCUUGGAGUGAUUUGGUCAUGUUGACUCAAGGAACAUAUUCCUUUUUGCCUUCUAACAUGAAAGGUUAAAUUUCGUUAUUUUCCUUUUAUAUGUACUUCCUUGAUCUCUAUUCUUCCAGAAAUUAUUAACUCGUAUUUAUCGAAGAAAACAUAUUUUUUAUAAAACUUAUUCUUGACAUGUUUGGUUUCCUUGUAAUGUGUCUGUUCAAACAUCUAAACAUUAAUUUACAAGAACGGAUCUCGCCUUUACGAAAACAAAUCUACAGUUCUAUCAUUAUUUCAUUAUAUUUGAAGCUUUACUGGUCUCUUUUUUCCUGCCUUUUUAAUAAUUCAAGGAGCAUUUGUCUUUUAUAGUCUUGGUUUAUAUUAUAGGUUUCAAUUAUUGACAAUACGUCAAAAAGACAAAUUACGCUUUUAGAUAUUGAACAAGUCGAAAAGCAAGUAAGAUGCGGAGAGGAUAUAUUAUUUUUUUCAAUUUGGGAAUCAAGAAUUCGGAUUGAUAUUGAUGAAAGAAACAAAAUUAGAUUUUUAGUCAAAAAUAACACCGCACUGUUUUGUGAUAAUUUCGUGUAACAACGCAUUCAUGUACAAGAAAAUAUGUUUUUAGGUUUCUGGGAAAACAUUAGGUGCUGUAUUGCAGCCAUUUCUCUUUUUUGUCUAUACUUUUAUUUAUUCAACAUAAAGAUAACAUUUUUCCAUUUUCUCUUCCAAAAUGUUUACAUGUUAUUUUCUAAACUUAUAUUAAUAAAUUAUUGCUGUCUUUGUAAACGCUCAAUUUUACAAUACAUUUUCAUGCUUCCGUUUAGCAUACUGAUCUGUACAAACGUUAAUAUCUUAAUUUCUCACUAUCGGUAAAUUUUACCGAAUUACUAACAUGUUUCCAUUCUAAUAUCAAUACUUUACAUUUUUGAAAUUAUUCUGCACCCAAUUCUCAUUUACAGUUGAAAUAAUUGAUCAGCACAUGAAAUUUUAAGAUCACAAGCUACUCAAAGAACUUGCUCAAUAUUUAAAUACUUGCAUAGUGGUUCUAUCACCAUCAUUUAUCUGCAACUAUCUAUUAUAACUUUUAUUUUAAAAUCUGGUCUCUAUUGGCAAAAAAGAAAUUGCUCAAUCAUUUAUCCGUUGCAUUAUCGAACCUAUGAUUGAAUCAAUUAAACUCAUUGACAUGUGCUGUAUAUUACCUUAUUCAACAGGGUGGAAUACCACGUGACUUGUGGCACCAGAAAUGAUACGGAGUUGAAUGACAUCAACAAAGCGCUACAUGGUAAUAGUUUCGAAGCUAGUCCUCUUCUUUCAAAUCCAAUUAAAAAACGUUUUAAAGCAGUGCAAAAGGUAAAAAAAAAAAUAUUUCCCCGGUAACAGAUUUAGAUUAGAUUAAUUACGUAAUACAUAUACAUGGGCAUUUUAAACAACAUGUAUGGUACAAAUAUUUACAACAUGAGAAUAAACAAGCCAUGACAUGCACACCAUCACUAAGGAUAACACAACAAAGACAUACUCUUAUUUCCAUAGUUUCAAAAAGACUUGUCUUGUUCAAACAUUUGGUUAAGAUGCGAUGUCAAAAUGGUGAUUUGAUUUAUAUCAUAAUAUUACAUUUAUCCGUCCUCCUUGACAAUUUUGUGAUUUCUGAGGUAAAUUGUUUCCUACUUAACUUGCGUGUAACAUUUUGAAUUAAGAUUUAAUAUUCAGCACGCUGAUCAGAACCAGUACAGUUUAUAAUUUUAAGUGAAGCUCGAAACUUAAUGAUUUUGUGUGAAUCAGUUUUUACA